AUGCAGAGAGCAACAUUUGUCGUUAAAAGAACAAUUAUUGGAAUUGAGAUAGGAUUUUCGUGGUACUACAUGGCAUGUCCAGUUUGCAAAGAAAUAUAUGAUUGUGAAAAGGCUGUUGAUGGACUACAAGCCAACAAGUUUGAUGAUGUUACAAAGUCAAAUCGAACCCGUCCAAAGAAUUGUGCUCUUGAGGAUGCAAGGAGGGUUCAUCGAAAUUCAGCAGCUCUAGAAGCCCCAAGAAUUCUGAAUCUCAACAGCAACAAAUAUUUCUCUGGAACAUACGGAGAGGAGGUCGUGUUCAUCGCUAAUGAUUGGCAUACGGCCCUCCUACCAUGCUACCUUAAAAGUAUAUACCAAUCUAAAGGGAUGUACGAAACUGCCAAGGUUGCUUAUUGCAUCCACAACAUUGCUUACCAAGGAAGAUUUGCUUUUUCCGAUUUUGCGCUUCUCAAUCUUCCGGAUUCAUUUAGGAGUUCUUUUGACUUUAUUGACGGGUAUGAGAAGCCUGUUAAAGGAAGGAAGAUUAACUGGAUGAAGGCUGGAAUAUUAGAGGCAGACAAGGUCGUAACUGUGAGUCCAUACUAUGCUGAAGAACUUGCUUCAGGCCCGGAUAAAGGUGUGGAACUGGAUAAUAUUAUAUGCAGAGCUGGCUGUCUGGGUAUUAUAAAUGGAAUGGAUGUUCAGGAGUGGAACCCAUUUACUGAUAAAUAUAUCGACGUCAAAUAUGAUGCCUCAACUGUGAGCGAGGGGAAGGCUCGUCUGAAAGAAGCACUGCAGGCAGAAGUAGGGUUACCUGUUGACCGUAAUAUUCCUGUCAUAGGUUUCAUUGGCAGACUUGAGGAGCAAAAGGGUUCGGAUAUUUUGGCAGCAGCAAUCCCUGAAUUUAUUGACGAAGAAGUGCAGAUAAUUGUCCUUGGUACUGGCAAAAAGCCCAUGGAAAAACAGUUGGAGCAGUUAGAGACUUUGUAUCCUGAAAAAGCUAGAGGAGUGGCGAAGUUCAACGUUCCCUUGGCUCAUAUGAUCAUAGCUGGGGCUGAUUUUAUGAUGAUCCCAAGCAGAUUUGAACCAUGUGGACUCAUCCAGUUACAUGCUAUGCGUUAUGGAACGGUGCCUAUUGUUGCCUCGACGGGUGGAUUAGUGGACACUGUCAAAGAAGGUUUCACGGGAUUUCAAAUGGGAGCUUUCAACGUCAAAUGCGAGGCAAUUGACCCAUUAGACGUGACAGCAAUCGCCACAACCACCAAAAAGGCCCUUGAAACCUAUGGAACUCCAGCUUUAACAGAAAUGAUCCAGAACUGCAUGGCUCAAGACCUCUCUUGGAAGGGACCUGCCAAGAAUUGGGAGGACAUGUUGCUGAGCUUGGAAGUUGCAGGUAGUGAACCAGGAAUUGAGGGCGAUGAAAUCGCUCCUCUUGCUAAAGAAAAUGUUGCCACUCCUUGAGUGACAGAACGACUC